AUGGUGCCGUUUGUUUUGUCUCUGUUAUUCUUUUCAUUUUUAAUGGGUUGUUCUGAGGGUCAGCUUGUAGUAGGUUUCUACUCUAACACUUGUCCUCAAGUAGAUUCCAUUGUUCGAGAUGUUGUUAGAGAAGCUGUUCUAGAUGAUUCCACGUUCGCUGCUGUUCUGCUCAGACUUCAUUUUCAUGACUGCUUUGUUGAGGGAUGUGAUGGUUCAAUUCUAGUUGAAAAUGGUCCACAAUCAGAGAGACAUGCAUUUGGACAUCAAGGAGUUAGAGGGUUUGAUGUGAUAGAAAAAGCCAAGGCACAAUUGGAAGGCUCUUGCCCUGGUGUGGUUUCUUGCGCAGACAUAGUGGCAUUGGCAGCCAGAGAGGCUAUUGUCAUGGCAAAUGGACCAGCAUAUCAAGUUCCAACAGGGCGGAGAGAUGGGUUGGUUUCAAAUCUUUCGCUUGCAGAUGACAUGCCAGAUGUUAGUGAUUCAAUUGAGCUACUCAAGACCAAGUUUCUGAACAAAGGUCUCACAGUGAAAGACCUUGUUCUUCUCAGUGGUGCACAUACAAUUGGAACCACAGCAUGCUUCUUUAUGACUAAAAGAUUGUACAACUUUUUUCCAAGUGGUGGGGGAUCAGACCCAGCAAUUAGUCCAAUUUUUCUCCCACAGCUGCAGGCAAAGUGCCCUCAGAAUGGGGAUGUUAAUGUUCGGAUACCAAUUGACGAAGGGAGUGAGAAGAAUUUUGACGUAAACAUUCUGAAGAACAUAAGGGAAGGUUUUGCUGUGCUAGAAUCUGAUGCCAGACUCAAUGAUGACAUAGCCACCAAGAAUGUCCUUGACUCUUACUUUUCUCCCUUUGGCCCAGUGUUUGAGCCUUCUUUUGAAGCUGAUUUUGUUGAUUCGAUUGUGAGGAUGGGCCAAAUCGGAGUCAAGACAGGUUUCCUUGGAGAAAUUAGGCGCGUGUGUUCAUCAUUCAAUUGA